GAUGUGCCUCAUUAUAACAGCAGCAAGCGCGGCCGCCAUCCGGGGAGACCAACAGCAAGCAUGCCCGCACCCCGACGCCGCCACCCGUAGCCGCCCUCUGACGCCUUCCUGGGAUUGCAAGCCAGAGGAGGAGCCGGGCUCUGUGCAAGUGACCUCGCACGCCUUUGGUUGCCCGCUUUGUUUCGUUUUAUUUGAAUUUGCUGCUGCUGCCUGGGUCACAUCGUCUCCCUCCUCCCUCUCCUUUUCUUGCCUCCUCCUUUGCCUGGAGGACUGUUGGUGGGCAGCGUGUGUGUUGGAGGCGGGCUGUCGUCUCCCCUCCGUGGGCACCAUCGCAUGCAGAGAGCGGUGGAAUAGGAGGAGGCAAAGGCGCAAGAGGGCUCCCGCUUUCUCUCGCUGUCUCCUUUGACUCCCCCAAAGCAGCGCGGGCGGCCACUUCGCAAGGUGGUGCACACGCCGCUGCCGCCGCCGCGCUGUGCUUUCUUCCCUGGGUCAGUUUCAUCGGCUGAGAAGUCCACCGGAAACAUGGCGAGUGAUUCCCCAGCUCGGAGCCUGGACGAGAUAGACCUGUCAGCCUUAAGGGAUCCUGCAGGCAUCUUUGAACUGGUUGAGCUUGUUGGCAAUGGGACAUAUGGACAAGUCUAUAAGGGCCGCCAUGUUAAAACGGGGCAACUUGCAGCUAUUAAAGUCAUGGACGUCACUGGGGACGAAGAGGAAGAAAUUAAACAAGAAAUCAACAUGCUGAAAAAAUAUUCUCAUCACCGAAAUAUUGCUACUUAUUAUGGUGCUUUCAUUAAAAAGAACCCGCCAGGAAUGGAUGAUCAACUCUGGCUGGUGAUGGAGUUUUGUGGUGCUGGCUCUGUCACUGAUCUGAUCAAGAACACAAAAGGGAACACUUUGAAGGAAGAGUGGAUUGCCUACAUCUGCAGGGAAAUUUUACGGGGUUUAAGUCAUCUCCACCAGCACAAAGUCAUCCAUCGGGAUAUUAAGGGACAAAAUGUCUUGCUGACAGAAAAUGCAGAAGUUAAACUAGUGGAUUUUGGAGUCAGCGCUCAGCUUGACAGAACAGUUGGCAGAAGAAAUACAUUCAUUGGAACGCCAUAUUGGAUGGCCCCCGAGGUUAUUGCCUGUGAUGAAAACCCUGAUGCCACUUAUGAUUUCAAGAGCGAUUUGUGGUCCUUGGGGAUAACAGCCAUUGAGAUGGCAGAAGGAGCUCCUCCUCUGUGUGACAUGCAUCCUAUGAGAGCUUUGUUCCUCAUUCCUCGGAAUCCAGCCCCCAGGUUGAAAUCAAAGAAAUGGUCGAAAAAGUUCCAGUCCUUCAUUGAGAGCUGCCUAGUAAAGAAUCAUGGUCAGAGGCCUACCACUGAACAGCUGAUGAAGCAUCCGUUUAUUCGAGACCAGCCUAAUGAAAGACAGGUUCGCAUCCAACUCAAGGACCACAUUGACAGGACUAAGAAGAAGCGUGGAGAGAAAGAUGAGACUGAAUACGAAUACAGUGGAAGUGAGGAGGAAGAGGAAGAAAACGACUCUGGAGAACCCAGCUCCAUCCUAAACCUGCCUGGAGAGUCAACAUUAAGACGGGAUUUUUUGAGGCUUCAGCUUGCAAAUAAGGAACGCUCAGAGGCCCUCCGUCGGCAGCAGCUGGAGCAGCAGCAACGGGAGAAUGAGGAGCAUAAGAGACAGCUGUUGGCAGAGCGGCAGAAGAGGAUCGAGGAGCAGAAAGAACAGAGACGAAGACUAGAAGAGCAGCAAAGAAGAGAGAAGGAGCUAAGGAAGCAGCAAGAGAGGGAGCAGCGCCGGCAUUAUGAAGAGCAAAUGCGCCGAGAAGAGGAGAGGCGACGUGCCGAGCAUGAGCAGGAGUACAUCAGGCGACAGUUAGAGGAAGAACAGAGGCAGUUAGAGAUCCUGCAGCAGCAAUUACUGCAGGAACAAGCUCUACUUCUGGAGUAUAAGCGCAAGCAGUUGGAGGAGCAACGGCAGGCAGAGAGGCUACAGCGGCAGCUGCAACAGGAGAGGGACUACCUGGUUUCCCUCCAGCAGCAACAGCAGCAGCAGCGGCAAGAGCAGAGACCAGCUGAGAAGAAGCCCCUUUAUCAUUACAAGGAGGGGAUGAAUGCCAGCGAGAAGCCAGCUUGGGCAAAAGAGGUUGAGGAACGUUCCAGGCUCAACCGACAGAGCUCUCCAGCAAUGCCUCACAAGGUGGCCAACAGGAUAUCAGAUCCAAACCUGCCUCCUCGUUCAGAGUCUUUUAGUAUUAGUGGGGUUCAACCUGCUCGGACGCCACCCAUGCUCAGACCGGUGGAUCCACAGAUUCCACAUCUGGUCAGUGUGAAAUCCCAAGGACCUUCCUUGCCUGCCUCUCAGUCACUGCAUGAACAGCCCACAAAGGGAAUGGCUGGGUUUCAGGAGGCUCUGACGGUGACCUCUCACCGCACUGAGAUGCCAAGGCAGAACUCGGACCCCACCUCUGAAAACCCUCCUCUCCCCCCUCGUGUUGAAAAGUUUGACCGAAGUUCUUGGUUACGACAGGAGGAAGACAUUCCACCAAAGGUGCCUCAACGAACCACUUCCAUCUCACCUGCAUUAGCUCGGAAAAACUCUCCUGGAAAUGGCAAUGCCCUGGGACCUCGGCUAGGCUCACAGCCAAUAAGAGCAAGUAACCCAGACCUGCGGAGGACAGAGCCCAUCAUUGAAAACCCCUUGCAGAGGACCAGCAGUGGCAGCUCCUCCAGCUCAAGCACGCCAAGCUCACAACCCAGUUCACAGGCAGGCUCACAACCUGGAUCCCAAGCUGGCUCUAGCGAACGGAACCGGGUCAGAGGAAAUGCCAAGCCUGAAGGAUCGCCCAUUCUCUCUCACGAGCCAGCUAAGAUAAAACAGGAAGACAGCAAGGACAUGACGCGACCGAGCCGACCUGCUAGCUAUAAGAAAGCAAUAGAUGAGGAUCUGACUGCCUUAGCCAAAGAACUGAGGGAACUGCGAAUUGAAGAAACCAACAGACCUUUGAAGAAAGUUACCGAUUACUCCUCCUCAAGCGAGGAGGAUGAAAGCAGUGAAGAGGAAGAGGAGGAUGGAGAGAAUGAAAUACAAGAUGGGACUGUGCCUGUCAGUGACAUUCCAAGGCUUAUACCCACAGGAAUGCCUGGAAACAAUGAGGCCUACAACCUAGGAAUGGUGUCAAGCCAUGGUCUAGAACCAUCUCAUACGGAUACAUUUAGCAGUAUUUCAAGGGAAGGGACUUUAAUGAUAAGGGAGACCUCUGGUGACAAAAAACGCUCUGGCCACACAGCCAGCAAUGGUUUUGCCGGCCAUGUCAAUCUUCCAGAUUUGGUGCAGCAAAGCCACUCUCCUGCGGGCACGCCGACUGAGGGCCUGGGGCGAGUCUCCACCCAUGGGCAAGAGAUGGACUCUGUGUCAGAAUAUGGCAUGGGAAGUAGUACGAAAGCGUCCUUCGCUCCAUUUGUGGAUACCAGGGUGUAUCAGACUUCCCCUACUGAUGAAGAUGAAGAUGAUGAUGAAGAGUCAGCUGCCACGGCGUUGUUUACCAGUGAGCUGCUGAGGCAAGAACAAGCCAAACUUAAUGAAGCAAGGAAAAUUUCGGUAGUAAAUGUGAACCCCACCAACAUUCGUCCUCAUAGCGACACACCAGAGAUCCGAAAGUACAAGAAACGCUUCAAUUCAGAAAUACUUUGUGCUGCUCUUUGGGGUGUAAACUUACUGGUGGGAACUGAGAAUGGGCUCAUGCUGCUGGAUCGGAGUGGACAAGGGAAGGUUUACAACCUGAUCAACAGGAGGCGGUUCCAACAGAUGGACGUGCUAGAAGGAUUAAAUGUCCUUGUAACGAUCUCAGGAAAGAAGAACAAAUUACGAGUUUACUAUCUUUCAUGGUUAAGGAACAGAAUAUUACACAAUGACCCAGAAGUAGAAAAGAAGCAAGGCUGGAUCACGGUUGGAGAUUUGGAAGGCUGCAUACAUUACAAAGUUGUGAAAUAUGAGAGAAUCAAGUUCUUGGUGAUUGCCUUAAAGAAUGCUGUAGAGAUAUAUGCUUGGGCUCCUAAACCGUAUCACAAGUUUAUGGCAUUUAAGUCUUUUGCAGAUCUCCAGCACAAACCAUUGCUCGUUGACCUCACAGUCGAAGAAGGCCAGAGGUUAAAGGUCAUCUUUGGAUCUCACACUGGUUUCCAUGUGAUCGACGUAGAUUCGGGGAACUCUUACGAUAUCUACAUACCUUCUCAUAUUCAGGGCAAUAUCACGCCUCACGCCAUUGUCAUCUUACCCAAAACGGAUGGAAUGGAGAUGCUUGUGUGCUAUGAGGAUGAAGGGGUGUACGUUAACACCUAUGGACGGAUAACAAAAGACGUGGUGCUUCAGUGGGGAGAAAUGCCCACUUCAGUGGCUUACAUCCACUCCAAUCAAAUCAUGGGCUGGGGCGAGAAAGCUAUUGAAAUACGAUCAGUGGAGACAGGGCAUUUGGAUGGAGUAUUUAUGCACAAGCGUGCUCAGCGGUUAAAGUUUCUAUGUGAAAGAAACGAUAAGGUAUUUUUUGCAUCUGUGAGAUCUGGAGGAAGUAGCCAAGUGUUUUUCAUGACUCUCAACAGAAAUUCCAUGAUGAACUGGUAACAAAAGGGCACUCAGUGCUUACCUUGACUCCAAGAUUUUUAAUUAUAAAGAACAUUGGAACAUGUGGACUAACACUUUAGAGGCAGGUGAAGAAGACAUCGUGGAACACGUUGCUUCCUUCCGUGAACACACCCACACUCACGCAGACACACUCCAAGAAUGCGCACCUUUACUGUUGUGGCUUAGGAAUGGAGGUUUACCCAAGAUCACAAGAAUGCAGCACUGUAUUUGGGCAGAAAUUGACAAGCGUGCAAGAGGUUUUGCAGAAGAAAUCUCCUUGAGGUCUUCAGAUUAAGCUGUGAUCAAGUGGGUUAUACUUUUUUUUUAAUUUUACUUUUUUUUCUUUGUCCCUCUAUUUGUAAGAAUGGGGACAAGUGUCAAACAGAGUCUCUGUUUUUAAUUUUGUCUGCCUGCUAGCAUCGAAUAUAUAGUAUGUUGUAAGGUUACCAAUUAAAAACUGGUGAGAGACAGCACAAUAAAUGUACCAUUUUAUCUUUGUGUUGGGAGGCCCUAACCAUACAGCUGGUUAACUUUUAUAAAAUCUCUGCCUUUACCAACAUUUCUGUGUUACUUUUACAAACAACAGGUUGACAAAUUUUAAAUAAGAGAUAUAAUAGGAUUUCCCCCCCUUCUUUGGGGAAAUGGAUUCUAAAUGGCUAAACUGUUAGCCUUAGACUAUAAUAAAAUCAAAGUACCAAUUUUUUGUCAACCUGUCAGUCCAUACUUCUGUAUGGAUCUUCAUAUAUAAUGGUGCUUGUUGAGAGGCAUACCAGUGCCAUCCUUGGCUGUCAUUCCAAACGUUGGCCUUAGUGUUACUUUGCCUUUCCCUAAGCUGUAACAUGAAAUGUAUCGUAACAAAAUUGCAGGGUGAGAAGUGAAUUGAGAUCUAGGAAGAUUCUGAAGGUUGACUAAAGAGUGCUCUAAAGCAUCUGAUGAAGGAGCCAUCAAAUUUGGAUGUAUCGUGUCUGGGUCCUGCCUGCUGUGUACAGUUGUACUUUGCUUUUAGGGGGCUGAUUCUUUCAGAGACUGCUUUUAUCCUCCAACUCCCACUGAAGUCACCAUGAGCCAACAGCAUUUACAUCUUUACAAGGUGGGAGUCAUCAGUGUUGAUGGACAUUUGCCCUCUUCCUUGUCUGUUGGUGUCCUGUUCUGAACAUGAAGGAAGAAAGUCCUGAAAUCAUCAUCCCUUGGUGUGUGGGAUGCGAGAAGAACACAUCACAAGAAUAUAGUAGACUGGAAGAAGGAUUUUUGUUGACCAAGAAUCUGAUGCUUAAAUCCACCCUUUGCUGCCCACCUAUAUAGCAAACACCGAUAUGUGUGCAGAAGUAUGUAUGUAAUUCAUUUGGGUUGACCUGUGUCCUUAUAUGCUCUGUUCAGAUUAUUUCCAAUUUUAAGUAGGUUAUGUACAACAUUACUACUAUCUUCAAGCAUGGAUUCCCCCAUUGGUCUGUCGAUGUAACAAAAUUGGAUCUGUGUUGCUGUUUUUAACCUACCUCAUUUUAUUUUUGUUUCAGUUAGCUUUUCCUUGUUACCGCCAGCAAACACCCAGAGAGUUUGGCUGGCUAGCUCCAAAGUUUUAAAGGAGAACACUCUCCUCAGUAACCAAUCGUGGCUGAACCGACUGGCCAUCUUUAAGGAGCAGGAAAUGAAGACCAUGCUGCCUGUUUUUAGUUUUCCUCCAACUUUUCCUCCAUGCCGCAGUUCUCAUAGACCAGUUGAUGAGUCAGUGGCCACCAUGCUGUGGGUUAGAGGAGCAGGCCUGUUGACAGGCUUGCAGCCUCGCCAGGAUCACAUGAAAGCGCUGACUGAACCAUGUGGGGAUGGCCACAAUUUCCAUUAUUGGUGCAGCUUAGAGAAGAGUUGCUUCAACUGUGCACUGUCAAAGACUGCAUGCUCAGCCAUCACAUGGAGCUGUGAUCCCGGCUAGACUGCAAGCCUGAUGGCCAGCCCAAACACUCUGAGGCUAUCACACGAGGGGUUCACCAGCUGUACAAAGCAGCCCAUUGAGGCACGCACAUACCAUUUCUAAGGGAGGUGCAAAACCCCUCUGGCCUGCUACCUGCUCUGUUGGUAUGUGCAGUGAGAAAGGAUCAUAUGUCUGUCACUCCCCAACCCUACCUCACUACUCCAUGCAACACCAGUGACAGUAUGCAACGCUGGAUGACUCUUUGGGCUCUGUGCUAUAGAGCAGGAAUCCAGCCCAGUUGGGGCUCUGCUACAACAAAGUUAUGCCUCUCUUGCUCUUUAAGCCAGACUGUUUAAAAAUCCUCCACAUGGUGGCUGACAUCGUGACUAAUGUGCUCCCACAAAGCUGUUGCGCUAGCUAGUUGCACUAAGUCUGGAGCUCGUGUUUCAGACUACUUUUGCACUCGCUGUGGUAGGCUUCAUAUGUUUUGCAAGGAUCUUUUGCAUAGGAAUGCAGUUCCAACAAUCUCUGUGCUUUACAGCAACUAUGUGAUCUUUUCGCACUAGUGCAACUUUGUUCGUUAUGCAAGGGCAGCAUUAGUCAGGAUGUCGACUGGUGGCCUUUCCCAAAAUCAAUGUGGCAGGGGGAAACAGUGGCUGCAGUUUCUAUCCACGGGAGAAUGUAUCAGUUUUGUUUCUAUAACAAAAGAGGAAAAGGAUCAUGAAUUGAGUCAGUAAUACCGAGUCCAGCCACUCCUUCUCCAAAUAGGUGUCCAUUCCCUCAGGAAAUAGAAUACUGAGUCCACUCCUGGCUAUUUUCACUAAAAAUAAAAUAAAAAUUCGGUUUUAUUUUUAAGCUACAAAUUGAAUUUAAGUGAGCAAUGUUAAGUAAGCCUGAAAUGAACAAUUGACUAUCUUACAUACUAAAUAUUGCCAUCGGCUCAUUCCCUGUGCAUAAUGAAAAUACAUAAGUAGCCUCAAAAACUAGACAUUGACCCCAUUAUUCUCCCCCCCCCCCCACUGCUCUGCACACACUCAGCUGGUCCAUUGCUGUGUUUGCAACCAAGUAGCUCAUUGUAAGUUCAUUGUCCUGAAAAUGAUCUUUUUAAUGCAUUCGUAGCUGAAUACAAGUUGAUUCCAUUUGCAAGGAUGGCUGUAUGCAAAUCUGUACCAGGAGGUUAAUGCAGAGAAUCACAAUAAUGGAGUAAAAGAGCCAUCUGGAUCCACCCACCCUAAGAGAAGAACAUAGAAAGUGAGCAAAAUGCACCUCUAGCGUAUCCUUGCCAGCUUUCAAAGAACACUCUUCCAGGUGAAGAUGUACGAGAGGCAACUCUACUUAGGUGAAUACUACCCACCUCUAACUUCCCAACAUGCAUUACCUUUUCCUGGGGUGCUGGGGUAUAAUUUUCAAGUGGCAUUACUUUAGCAAGUGUCAAAAAGGAGGACAGCAGAGCCUCUGCCAGCCACCAGCACUUUAAUUACCAUACUACUUAUGCUGGAGAAGAACAAAACUGUCCCCCCAGCCAAUGCCAAUGAGGUUGCCAUAGCUUUGCCCAGGACUGCAUAUCAUGCUAACUCACUCAGCAAUAGGGCAUGCUUCUUAGAAUAGUGAGCCACCUAGAUUCAUUCUAGCAAGGGGAAUUGCCCUCAGCAUCUGGACAGAGCUAACAAAAAGCACCUCAGGAGUGCCCCUAAACUGGAUGCUCAUGCCAGGAGUGACAAAUUGAGAGAGGCCUACUGUCACAGCAAAAUAUCUUGACAAAACUUUGUACCUUUGUGUUUAGUUAAAUAAAUGGGGCAGAUGUGAAGGCUUAGUGAAGCACUUAAACCAAGAGCUCCCACUGAUGGAUGAGAAGUAUCUCACAUUUUAUUGGGCCAGAAUAAUGGCCCAGUAACAACCAUGCCCCUCUGCUAGUGGCCGAAAUGAAACUUUUCCAAGGAAAAUGGUCAGAAGCAAACCAGUGAGUGUUCUGUUCCCUUUGGUUCAUUACUGACUUCCAGCAUUCCAAGUUGAUGUGACAUUUUGAGACUGAGAAUGCUAUGGUUGGUAAUAGCCCCACCACCACCACCAGCCAUUGAUGAAACCCAGCCCUCUUGUGAGACAGUUUCAAGCUCUGCCCCCUCUUAUUUUCCAACCCAGUGAUACCAUGAGCCUUGUACAACUUCCCAUGCCAAAUGAGUUCAAUCGAGCCCCAAUGUGUAGGCAAAAACAACUUUCUGGGGUCAGUAUUAAACCUACCACCUCUUGAGCUUGCUUUUUCUCUUCCCCAUAUACGCCUUAUGUUUCUUUCUACUGCUGUAAUGAGAGGACAACAUGAAGAAGGAAAAUAUUCAAAACAAACUGAGCAAUAAUGUUUCCAACUCAGUUAAGCCACUAUUUCUAACUGCUGGGGACUGGUAUGAGUUAAUAGCAAGCUUCAUGGCACAUGGCAACUGCCACCAGCUAUUUUAUGUCUUUGCUGUGGUUACCUUUUAAACCGGAAGCGUCUUAUUAAAUUAUGUUGAAAACUUGA